AUGAACAUGAUAAUGAUCAAUUGUCCAAGCGAUCGGUUAGGCCAUGAGUGGUUUGAAGAGAUUCUACCGCAUAGCUCCCAGACUCUCAGGUCUAACUCUGUUUCUGUCGCUAGAGAGAUCCCUAAAUUCCCCAGACCCACCCAGCAACUCCCCGAGGCUAAUGUGCCACCGUUGACUUUCAUACCCGAAGGCAAGGAGAAUUACUCUGCGUCGGUUUCCCCGUCCAACACCCGCGUCUCGCCCUCCGAUGUCAAUUCGUGCAGAUCUGAAUUGUGGAAGUCGACUAGCAUCGUUCGCGGAUUCUCUCCAUCGCACGUUUCGUCUUCUUUCCGAUCCCAAUUUAGCCCUAUUCUCAGACAGGCAAUUACUCCACCCAAAUCCUCGCCGCCCAAGAAGAGGUUGGGGGUAUUUACGUUGGGCGGAUCCUUUGAAGAAGAUGGAGGCUCUUUUAUAGAACGCAUGACUGCACGAUCUACUCAGGAUGAUGCGUCAGAUACUGGAUUGGCAAGGCCCGAGGCCAGGGUUAUGAGUAGGAUGGUCUGCUCCAGUGAUCAGGACUCAUUGCGCACGGUUCAACAUCCCAAGAACCAACGCAGCUGGGACAAGGACGUCAUUGAAAACGACAACGAAGGUUCAAUGAGUGCAUCUGAGGCUGACGAUGAUAUCGAAUGGGAGGACUCGGACUUUGAAAGCGACAGAUCCAGUGAUGACGAACACAGGCGCUUUUUCCAACGAGUGGAUUCCCUACCGAAUCUGGUAUCGCGGCAGUCGAUGCUCACCAUGAUGAUAAAUAAUCCAGAAAGAGUGCAAGGGAACGCCUUCCGUUCUAGUUCUGUGCCAAAAGGAUCUUGCCCAAUAUCAGCAAAGAAUAUGUCCAUCUCUACUCUCCCUCUGGAAAAUGACCAAGGAAUCUCGACUAUCGAUGGCCCUAACGUGCCCCGAUCGAAGCCCGUCAUUGUGAAGCCAUCACGAUCACCAUCACCCUCACGCUUGCACUCCCCGCGCACUAUCCGUCGUAAAUUGCUUGCUACCGAGCUGAGUAAUUCGGACCGCCGGAACCUUCUCUGGGAGCGUCAGCAAAAUGACCCGACCAUGAACGCUUGCUUGAAACGACGAGGCACCGUCCAUGACAUGAAGGCUUUCCAACGCCCAGAAUCAAAGGAUUCGCAGCAUAAAAUACCCCCAAUACAACCUGGUGAUCAUAAAGAAUCGAACGUUUCCAGCCAGACUAAUGGUAUAGAUCAUCCAAAUGUUGGCUCAUGGACCAAAUACGCCACCGACUUUGGGCCAUGGGAAUAUCAUGCCAAGGGAUGGUAA